UGUUUACAUCUUUGCCUCGGCUGACGAGUCAGGGUGAUUUAUACACCUGUCAGUCUCAGCAGUCGCACUUCAGCAGUCGCACUUCAGCAGCGAUGUGUGAGAAGAUUUUUGUCUGUUUUCCGGGCAGAUCGUGCAGAUCUUUCAGACUGAAAGAUUUGUCAGGACCGUUCUCGGAGCGCUGGGCCCGUUUCUCUGCCUGGACCAGGACCGUCACCCAGCUGGAUACCCGGCCAGAUCCAGACAUGAGGAUCCGCUCAGAUUCAGAGCACGUCAGGGAAAACUUGUUUGCCAGUCAGAGCAGGAGCUCCCCGGCAGGGAAGUGGUUCAGAGGAAAACUCCCGAGAUUCUGGGGGAAUCAGAACCCCGGUGCUGCUGUCCCCGGCCCCCCGGCGGACGGACAGCCAGCUGUUGAUGCAGGACCCUCAGCUGCGACCUGCACGUUUGAGCAGCUUCUGCAGGACAAGCGUUUCUUUGAGGCCAGCCGGCAGCUGAUCGACAGGGAGAACCAGCUGCUCGGAGACACGACGGAGCAGGACAAACUGAAAGACUGCGCAGAAGAGCUGUCUCAGCUCCGUGCAGACCACGACGCCCUGGAAAAGAUGGUGGUUCAGAGUGUGCAGCAAAGCCUCUCCCUCGUCGCUGACGAGGUCAUGGACGAGGCCGCGGCCUCCGCUCUGGCCGCAGCUCUGGCGUCUGCCGUGAAAGCCGUCUACGAGGAAGAGGUGCAGGACCAGCGGUGGAAACGGAGGAAAAGUCGGAGUCCCAGCAACUGGAAGAAGCUCCACGACGCCACGCUUCGUAGUCUGGUUGAGAGUCGCCUGGACAGCCCGGUGACGAGGCUUGCCGGCGAGGGGGAGCAGUCCAGCCUGCAGCUGGACGUCCAGGCCAUGGGCCGGCAGCUGAGGGAGGACCUGCUGCUGGUGGUGACGGCCCUGAAGGGCUGCUACCCCCCGGAGGCCGACAUCUGCCACUUCUACGCUACGCUGUACCACCAGGCCUUCAGCACCAGGCUCAGGAAGAUGGCAGACUUUGUUCUGGACGAAAAGGACUGCACGUUUGUCCUGCGCUGGGUCAACGACUACUAUCCCGGAAUCCUCAAAAUGUCUGAGUUGACCGGCGAGAUCGGUGUUGCAGAGCUGGGAAAACUGCUGCCCGAAGACACGCUGAAGUCCCUGGAGGAGCAGUACCUGGAGAAGCAGAAGAGUGACCUGUGGACGUACAUACACCGGGUCCUGGAGGAGGAGGAGAGGAAAUGGGCUGACGGGGAGGAGCCGAAGAGAGACGACGGCUGCUACGUCAGUCCUCUGGCGUUUGACGUCAUUCAGCUCAUCAGUGGCAUGGUGACAGCAGCCACGGCCGUCACAGGGAGCCAGGACAAAGCCCAGGUGUUAACGUGCAAGCUCCCAGACUUUUUAUCCUCCUGGUUCAAACACUUUCAAGAAAACGUCAUGAAGCAGAACGGGAGCAACAACAGAGCGCAUGUCAAAGCCAAUCUGGGCUGCGUGGAACAGUUCAGGGACGUCCUUCAAAGGAAAAGUCAUUUCUUCCAGGAGGAUGUGCAGAAAAGCUGCCUCUGCAUCCUGACCGAAAUGAAGCAAGCUGUUCAUUCCUAUUUACUAAGUCCUGUGCACAAGACCCUCAGGCCACAGUACCUGAAAGUGGGAACCAAAGACUGGCUGAAGAAGGAUUUGUUUGACAACCUCCUGAGCAAGAUCGAGAAAGAAGCUGUGGAGCUGCAGGGCUCGUCCCUGCCCUGUCACCAGGAGCUGAUGGGCCAGUUCCACAGGGAGGUGACUGAGGAAUACGUCCGGAAACUCCUGAGAGGAGAGCUGAAGCUGAAGAGCAGGGAGCAGCAGCAGGCGGCCUACACGGCCGUGGCCGACAACGCUGAGGGUCUGCACAGGCUUUUCAGGAAGAUGGGAUCAAAGGAGGAGUGGCUGAAGGAAAUCCUGACCAUGAUGGCGGAGGUGUUGAAACUCCAAGAUCUUCCUGCCAUACAGAUGCAGAUAGUCUCUCUGGGAUCUGCUUAUCCUGACUUCAGCGAAAAACAUGUUUCAGCUCUCCUCAAACUGAAGACGAACGUCUCCAAAGCCGACAGGAGAACCGUCAAAGAGACACUCUCAGACACUCGGAGAGAGUCGAACGCCGGCGCCGCCGCGCCGCCGUUCUUCUCCAAGAUCGAGGUCAAGUGAGCCGUUGUUUGUCUGUUGCUUCCGUGUAGGGAUUUGAACCUCGUAAGCUGGAUUUUACCGAAUCAUAAGUCAGUGUGGCAUUUGACACUGUGUGUUUUUGAAGAUGUGAAACUGUAAAUAUCGUCGUUAUCUGUGAUGCACGUAAAAGAAAAGUGUCUCAAGUGCAAUAACUGCUGGAGGAUACGUGUGUGCUGUCUAGGAGACGCCUUUUAGUCCUUGUAAAUCUGUGUUUUUGUAAAUCUCUGAUUGUGCACAUUUUCAUACCAGUUUUAGAAAUUAUUUUUGUAUCAUGUGUCUUGCAAAAGUAAAGUAUAAAAGAAAAGAACAUGUGUUUAUGUGUGUGUGCAUUACCUCAAAUGUUCACUUGUACGUCUGUAUUUACAAAUAAAUGCUCGAAAAACUU